CGAGAGGGGAACACAGGAAGCAGAAUCCGGAGAAGGGUUAAAACUAGCCCAGCCGUUCGUCAUUGUUUCGGCUUCUUUCGGCUCCAGCCUUUGCUCGCCGCUCUCUGUCGUCCCUCCCAGGGUUGAUAUCUAAUUGGUGUCACUUAAAUGGCAAAUUCACCAGAUGCAGAUGCUGACGAUGAUUUCAGUGAAAUUUACAAGGAAUAUACUGGCCCUUUGGGUUCUAAUGCUGCAAAUGUUCAAGACAAAGCAAAAACCAACAAAAGGUCCCAUGCAAGUUCAGAAGAUGAAGAGGAACCUUAUGACCCUAAUGCUGUCCCUACCGAUUUUACAAGCAGAGAAGCUAAGGUCUGGGAGGCUAAAUCUAAAGCUACAGAGAGGAACUGGAAAAAGAGAAAAGAAGAAGAAAUGGUUUGUAAAAUAUGUGGAGAGUCAGGUCAUUUUACUCAGGGAUGCCCAUCAACUCUUGGAGCGAAUCGUAAGUCUCAGGAUUUCUUUGAAAGAGUUCCUGCCAGGGAGAAACAUGUAAAAGCACUUUUCACGGAGAAAGUGAUUCAAAAGAUUGAAAAGGAUAUUGGCUGCAAAAUCAAAGUAGAGGAGAAAUUCAUCAUUGUCAGUGGUAAGGAUAGGUUGAUUCUGAAAAAAGGUGUGGAUGCGGUGCACAAAAUUAAAGAAGAGGGUGAAAAAAAAGGUUCCUCUAGUUCUCGCAUGAGCAGGUCUAGGUCUCCUGAGCGGAGGAGCCCUGUUAGCUCAAGGUUUGGACGAUCUGAUUCCCAGAGGUCUAUUCCCAGCCCACGCAAUCAAUCCUACAUACAACCAAGGUUUUCCAGACAGGAUAAGUUUGUGGAAGAUCGUGUUCGUGAGGAUCUACAGAAGCCAGGAAGGGGUUCCCCACAAGCUUAUGGUAAUGAUGGAGCCAGAGGUCGUUCAAGCCAUUCAAAAUCUCCAGCACGCCUUCCUUAUGUGAGCAACUCAUAUAGUUCAUAUGAUUGUCAUAGUCAAAGCAUGGGGGCUUACAGAACUGAUGGAUGGGAUUCUGAAAGGCGAGGAUCUGACAUGCAAUCUGGCCGUAAUUUUGAUCAUUCUUCUGUCCCGCUAACGUUAGAGGAAUUAGAGUUGGAAUAUAAGAGGGAGGUUAUGGAACUUGGAAGAAUACGUGACAAAGAAGAAGAUGAAGAGAACUACAAGCAUCGCGAGGCUUUGAGAGAGAUGAGGGAGAGUUACAUGAAGCAAUUGGCUGUCCUUAGGGGAACACAUGCGAAGCAGUGGGAGGAGUUUCUUCAACUUGAUGCCCAGAGGAGGCAGCAACGGGCUCACCAACAAAUCUCCACACCAGGAUUUGGUGGUUAUAAGCAAACCAGUUAUCCUGAGUAUGAUAACUCUGUGGGCAAUCCUCACUAUGUUGGUGGAGCUGGUAUACCAGUGGAUUCAAGGGGAAGGUACCCAAACCCUAUGGAUAACUAUACUUCUUCAAGGCCUCAUGACACUUACAGUGACUUCCAGCGCCAGAGGCAUGAGGAUUAUGCAAAGGCAUAUAAUCGAUACUGAAUUGGUAUAUUGGAGUUAAGUAUGGCUCAAGUUGUUCGGGUAGAAGUAAUGCACAUGGGCGCCUCAAAUUUAGGUAAGUACGCCAACGGUGUUUCUGGAAUUAAGAAGGGAGAUUAUCAUAAAUCUUAUUCUAGAGUGUAGCCUUUUAUUUUUAAACUUGUGGCUCUGUACUUUUGAAGCACCUUCAUUGUAAACGAAAAAAAAAAAAAAUGAAGACUCAGUUUUGUCUUCUUUGCGAA